AUGGGGCCAGCUGGGCCCAUCGGUCCGCAAGGUCUACCUGGACGCGCGGUGUGCCCUGCUGGACGAACUGGAACACCUGCAAAAAGCAGUGCUCGUGCAGAUACUCAGAUAAGUGAACUGCAAAGCAACUAUCAGGAGCUGACAGAACAGACUUCAGGCCUGAGGCAACAGAAUGAAGAUCUUGAGAAGAGACUGUCAGUCCUUGAGAAACACAUCCGGAACACAACUCAUUCUGACUCAACAGGUUAUCCUCCAUCCAGCUGCACUGAAGUAGCAGAAAGAAGUGGCAUUGAUGACCAGACUUUCUACGUGAUCGACCCUGACGGUCCAAGGCGCGGGGUCCUGCCAAUGCUACUCCAAGGAUGUGACAUACUGGAACAGCAUGGACCAAGUGAGUGCUGUGGUGGACCGGUCAUCUCAUUGCAAACAGCACAUCAAGUGAUCUGGGAGCACCGACCCGUUGCCUGGUGGGUGACCUGGGACGGUCGCCAGGCUGACUACUGGGGAGGUGCCAGUCCUGGCAGUGGGAAAUGUGCCUGUGGACAAACAGGCACAUGCCAGGGUAGAUGCAACUGUGACGUCAAUGUUUACACAUGGCGUGAGGAUUCUGGGUUCCUGUCCCACAAGAAUGACCUGCCGGUCGCCCAGCUCAGGUUUGGGGAUACUGGUGAUGGUUCUGAAGAUGGCUAUCACACCCUGGGGAAACUCAUCUGCUAUCCCUGAGCCUAUCUGUGUGAAUCAUUGCAUUUGUCUGUCUGUGGAAGAAAUUAACCAAUACAGCACGCAGUGUUCACUCAAACAUUUUAACAUGCAAAGAUGCAGUGCGAAAGUAACAAAAAUGAAUUCAUUACAUUUUUGGUAGAUACCUUGAUGUGUGGGAGAGAGUGAGUGAGUGAGUGAGUGAGUGAGUGAGUGAGUGAGAGAGAG